AUUAACCUACAUGAUAUUAAAAAAAAAAAAGUAGAAAAUCCCAUUCCCAUAUAUUUGGAACCCUAAUCCUUACACGAUUAACUUUGACAGACAGAGAAACAAAGUCCAGGACGCAAUCCUCUUCAAUUCCGCCUCCUAAUUAGACUCUCCAAAACCUCAGAUCACAAUCACUAGUCAGAACUUCCCUUCCCUUCCCAUCUCUGUUCUUCGGGCAAAAUUCAUAUAGUCAAUCAAAAGUUCUGAUUUUUCGCAUACCCUUUUGGCUUCAGACCCUAAUCACCUAAUUCUGUUUUUAUUUAAUUUAAUAUUUUAUCCCCCAAAGUCAUGGCCACAGACGCAAGGGCCAAAUUCCAAAACCCGGAUUUCCGACCCGAUUUCCAUCCGGACUUAACGGUGUCAACCCACGAUGGCCUCCAAUUCUGGCAGUUCAUGAUCGCCGGAUCCAUCGCCGGCUGCGUCGAGCACGUGGCCAUGUUUCCCGUUGACACCGUUAAGACCCACAUGCAAGCCCUCGGUUCCUGCCCCAUCAAAUCCGUCAGCGUCCGACAAGCCCUUCGGUCCAUUCUCGAAUCGGAGGGCCCCUCCGCCCUCUACCGUGGCAUCGGCGCCAUGGUCCUCGGCGCCGGUCCUGCUCACGCCGUCUAUUUCUCCGUCUACGAGACUUGCAAGAAGCGCUUCUCAAACGGGAACCCCAAUAACGCUGCCGCCCACGCAGCUUCCGGCGUUUGCGCCACCGUUGCCAGCGACGCCGUUUUUACGCCGAUGGACAUGGUGAAGCAGAGGUUGCAGCUGAGUAACAGUGGGUACAAGGGUGUUUGGGAUUGCGUGAAGAGGGUGAUGAGGGAGGAGGGUUUCGGAGCGUUCUAUGCGUCGUAUAGGACUACAGUUUUGAUGAAUGCGCCGUUCACGGCGGUGCAUUUCGCCACCUACGAGGCGGCGAAGCGAGGCCUCUUGGAGCUAUCGCCGGAUAGCGUCGAUGAUGAACGGCUGGUUGUUCAUGCCACGGCUGGGGCUGCUGCUGGUGCUUUGGCGGCUGCGGUUACAACGCCACUUGAUGUUGUUAAAACUCAAUUGCAGUGUCAGGGCGUCUGUGGAUGUGAUAGGUUCAAAAGUGGUUCAAUUGGGGAUGUUAUUAAAACAAUAGUGAAAAAGGAUGGAUACAGAGGGCUCAUGCGAGGAUGGAUUCCAAGGAUGCUCUUUCAUGCUCCUGCAGCUGCGAUUUGCUGGUCUACAUAUGAAGCUGGAAAGUCCUUUUUCCAAGAUUUCAAUCAGCAGAAAGACAUUGGCAAUGUCACCUAGAUAACAAUGAGUUAGAAUAUUCAUCAUUCUUCAGUUCCAUUACAGAUGUUUCAGUCUGUCAACAUUGAUAAAGUGCAUGAGUAAGCAAGCCUUUUCAACUCCUGUAUUCUGAACUCUGAAUAAUACGCAGAAGGCAUCGGAUUAACCUUAUGUAGAACCUAUUUUCUUGUACACAUUGUUAGUUUUAAUAUUCUUUUUUUUGUUGGUUUAGCUUUUUGUUAGUUUAUUUUGGACAGGACAUUACUCUAUAAAAACACUUCUUUGCCACUUGAAAAAAAUUUCCUUCGUUUCAUGGCUAUGUAAGUUUUUCAUUAUGUGAAAGAUAAUUUGAUAUUCUAAAAUUAAUGGGAUCUCAUUU